UAGUGUCCCGCAUGUCCCCAAGGUGUCCUGCUGCUACCCCUCUGUGUCCAUCUCAUGUCCCCAUGGUGUCCCCAUUGUCCCCACCCCCAUCCCCCCGGUGUCCCCCCUGUCCCCACAGUGUCCUCCCGCUGUCCCCCCAGGACCUGCUCCGGGCCAUCAGUGGGACCCUCAUCUUCCUCGUGGCAGCCCUGGUGGCCUUGGCCUCGUCCCGUGACGCCCUGGCUGCCACCACCUUCACCUUCAGCCUCGUCCUCGCCUUGGUCUUCGCCUUCGACACCUUCGUCACCUUCCGCACGCGGGUGGCCCCGGGACAGGAUCCUGACAUGGAGGGCAGCUGAUGGUCACCGCCCCCCACCACUGUCUCAUCGUCCUCUGGGUCCAGUCCGCCAUCCCCCCACCCCAAAAAUUAAACCUUGUC